ACAUUGGCUUUUCUAAUUAACCAAUCUGAAUAAUGUGGCAACGCUUUUGAAGGCACAUUGCGCCGGCAAAAUACAUAUCUCUUCCGAUGGCUACUACUUGCUUUGAUUUUCUGGGUUUCCAAGAGGCACUGAAGAAGAUGCGAGAUGUAGACGAUAAAAUUAUAUAUGCGUUAAACGCACUACCAACGGAAUCGUUUAAAGGCCAAGUAAAUAGUGAGAGCACAUGCCGUGAUUUAUACGCCAAGCUGCAGCAGUCGCAUCUCUCACGGCAAAACAACAUACGCAAUUGCAUAACUUUGUCGGCGACCACAUUAAAGCAGCUACGCGAGCAGCGGGAAAAACAACCGGAUGAUGUCGAUGUCGACAGUAAAUUCAAGGCAGAGCAACGCAAGCUGAGAGUGUUGCAAUCGGAGCUAAAUGUAGAGGAUAUAAUCAAGGAGCGGACUUACAAGGCAUUUAAUGAACGUUGCAGAGCCUAUUUUCAUGCCGGUCAAUGAAUUUAAGUAGGUUAGCUGCAGCAAUAGCAACAAUAUUUAUAUAUGCGAUUUGUUGUUGGCAUGCAAUGGAGGGAAGGCAGUGCAGUGAAUUGUUUAGUUGUAAGUGAAAUUUUUAGUUAUAAACAGACAGCGACUGCCCAGUAAAUUUGUUAUCAACCAGUGCGGUUUACAAGCACAUGGCUUUUUUUAUUUUGAAAAGAAAUACAUUUAACUAAAUGAAUCUUA